ACAUUUAGAGAAGAAUUUCAACAGGGUGCGGUACGAUCGUCAUCUUGACAACAUUGGUAAUUUCUCUCAACAUAAUAUAUAUACUUUUUCAAGACUUUUUCCAGCACUCUAUCAUGUUGUUGUAUAGUAUCUUCCUAACUGUGAGUAUUUUACUCUUGUCUAUUAAGUUAAGCUGAACAAUCAAUGGAUGUAGCGAAUGGGAUUAUCAGCAAUGGUUCAGAAAGUGAUAAAGACUUCACGACUGAUCACUGGAUGGAACAACUUAUCAAAAAGCUUAAUAUUCCACCAGACAUUCAGAAAGAACCUUAUUUCCAAGAAGCUGUUAACCAGUUAGCUUCUUCGAGUUUCGACAACUUAUCUGCUGCGGUGCGUCAGUUAAGAAAUAUCCGUGAUACUCUGAAAAAUAAGACUAAAUCUUUAGCUGCGGAAAAUUAUCAUAUUUUUCUGGCUACAAAGGAUGCAAGUCAGAAUAUCUUGGACAGAACUUCCGAAAUGUCGAAUGCUAAUCAGCUUCUUUUAUCACAAAUCACUGAGUUUUUUCAAUGUUCUGGUGAAUUUUUAUCAAAGACUCGAUCUAUUGAAGCUUCUCUUAAGAAGAAUAGAAGUGCUUUGGAGAAUCACACACAGCUGUUAGAAAUCAUAGAACUUCCACAAUUAAUGCAAACAUGUGUGCACAAUGGUCAUUUUGAUGAUGCUAUAUCAAUUUUUACGCAUAGUAAAAUGUUAUUCAAUAAAUACGGAUCGAAUAGUCCCGUCCUACGAAUGAUCCACAAACAAGUAUCCGCCGUGGGGUCACAGUUUGUCCACCAGCUAUGUGACCAACUAAGAGCACCUAUCUCUUUACCUUUAUGCAUCAAGACCGUUGUAUUUCUUCGUAGAACGGGAUUAUUAAGCGAACAAGAAUUACGGUUAAAAUUUCUGCAAACUCGUACAGCUUGUCUUAAAAAUCAGAUCAACGCCUCUUUAAUCACAUGUAUACCAAAAGAUCUGUCUAGUGUGGAUAAACGUGAAAAGUUAUCUGGGUUUCGUUCAUUUCAAGGAAAUCAUGACCGAGCCUAUUGGAUAGCUACACGACUUAUUGAGGUUACACGUGUUCAACUAUUCGACAUAGUUACUCAAUAUCGAGCAGUGUUUCCCGAUGAAGAUAGUAUUCUUCCUCAAGCAUAUAAAACACAAGGAAAACAAUCAUUCACCUCUAAAUACUCAGGGAAUUCAGUCUAUUCCACUUCUUUAUUAAAAGGUUUAAAACCAUUCGAUUAUAAUUCGUCUAGUCCAAAUUUAUUACAUGCUUGGUUAGUUGAUCAAGUGGCUGACUUUCUAAUCAAUCUGUCUAAUAAUCUUCAAACAAUGAUGUAUCAACCGAAAGCUAAUCCACAAGAAUUAAUGGAUCGUUUGUUAAAAGCUGCUGGUUCUUCUUCAGACUCGAAUAAUUUAAUGUAUAAAUCAGAUGGAAAUGGUGUAUGCCUUGAAACAUUAUUCACUCAAUUACAGUCGUUAGCUUCUCAGUCAAUGUAUUUUGGUCGUUCACUUCAAAGGAUUGGCUGUGAUUUUAGACCACAUUUAGCAAAUCUUUUUUCUAAUCAAAUUGAAUUAUUUAUUCAGAGUUAUAUCGAUAAUAUUGUCUCAGAAUUCAAAUCUGCACUAAUGAAUUGGGUAUGGAAAAUCCCAUCGGACAGUGUCCAAGUCAAUGGAUCGUAUACAGAAAGGAAUGACAGCGUCUUAAGUUCUUAUUCAAAAAUGAUCAACAGUUUACUUGAAUACCCUCCAUUAAUACUGCUAUAUAAUGGUUAUGUUGAAUUGUUUCGUGGAUUGAAUAUUUAUUGUCCAAGCGCUUUGAAAAGCAGAAUUAUUAUAAUCAUAUCAAAUGGCCUACAUUCUUCUGCAUUGUGUAUAACACAAAGUUAUGACAACUUGAAAGAGCAACAUUCUGAUGAUUGGAUAGAUGAUGCAACAUGUUUGGCCAGUGCAUUUUCCACAUCACUGACACAUUGUAUUCUGGCUAAUGUAAUUGACUACCUACUCAUAGAAGACGUUGAUGCGAAUGCUUCACUACCGAUCUGUAGUAAUCCAACUUCAUUGUAUCGUCCUAUUUUAUUAAAUUUAUCCCGAAUGAUCUGUUCACCUAUCUACUUGAAAUGGUCAAGUCUGCUUCCUUCACUGGCGACUACUACUACUACUACUACUACUACUGCUACUGUUCAACCUAUAGUGAACACGAAUAAUAUUGAUUUACAAGUUGAUGUACACUCAUCCACCGUUGAGGAUUGUGUAAAUACUAUGACAACUGAUUUAAAUAUGCUUAAAUUAUCAGCAUCUAAGCCACCCAGUGUAAAUGAUUCUGAUAAUUAUGUUGGAAGUGAUACAGUGAAUGGUGUAUCCUAGGCUGUAAAUUAUUGUGUGUUUUAAGCAAAUUUUUUUAAAUUUAGCUCAAUAUCCCUUGUUUUGGCUUUUAUAUCCUCACUUCCCCUAACUAACUAACUAACUAACUAGCUGACUAGUGAAUAUCUGCUUAUUUGUAUGUUAUAUUGUGUUCAAUUAUUUUUGUAUAUUUUAAUUUAUUCUUUUCUUUCUUCCUUUCUUCCCUUUAUUUUUUACAAAAUAUUGUUAUUUUCUUAAAUGAAUUUUGGACAGAUAAACAAUUAUUGUUUAGGCUUGUUUGUAUCUAACUGUGAUAUAAAUAAAAUUUCUAUCAUU